CGUUUGGCUCUAACCAAUCAGUAGAGUGGGUGUGAACGGCAAGUGGGUUAACAAAAUUAAACCUACAUCCUCCAAAACUUGAUCAUUCAGUACUUUUCAGACAAAUUCCACAGUACCCGGUAAUCCGAAACCACACUGGCACUGCCUUCUCUCUUUAUCUCUGAGACAAAAGAAAAUGGCGACGCUGAUGAGAUUAGGUCGUGAUCAUGGUUCUUUUCUCCUUAUUCUGAUGCUGAUAUAUCUAUUUACUUCUGAAGUAAAUCAAACCCUGGCUUUCAACUCUCCUUCUGCUUUUGUUCAGAACGUUAUCUAUUCAAACAGGAUCGCCAUCUUCUCCAAAUCCUAUUGCCCGUAUUCAAUACGUGCUAAGCGCAUGUUCAGCGAGUUACAUGAAAAACCUUUUGUUGUGGAGCUUGAUCUUCGAGAUGAUGGAGCAGAAAUCCAGAAUGUUCUUCUCGAUCUAGUGGGUAAGCGCACGGUACCACAAGUUUUUAUCAACGGCAAGCAUAUUGGGGGUUCAGAUGAUACCAGAGCUGCACUUCAUAAUGGUGAACUGCAGAAACUUCUUGACGUAGAGAUGAUGAAAUAUUAGCAUAACCAUCUCAGGAAAGCUACAAGUUUUGUUGAAUUUGUUUUGAAGGGCCAAAUGUAAUUUCGCAAUAUGGGACCAGACAAAAUGUUCAUUAACAUUAUUAAAUCUAUGAUGAUACUACUUUGAUGAAUGUUCAUUUUACCCCUUUUGAAUCUGUCAGUACUCAGCUUUGAGAAAGAGUUUUGGGGAGUUAAUUUUAUCUUUGUCUGAGUUCAGCAUUUUACAGGACAAA